CCAAGAAAUGUGGGUACGUGUUAUCACAGAGAAAAAAUAUACCAACAUGCAAGAUGAUGAGUCUAAAGAUGGAAUUUCCAACUCAGAUGAAGAUAGCGCGGACAGUGAUGAGGAAGAUAAUGAGAAUGCUGAAACAUCAAGAGAAGAAAAUCAAACGAAGCAAAGCAAGAUAACUGACUUCAUGGGAAAUCAGCUACUAAACAGAGAAAAGGAAGCGAAAAAGAAAACAGCACGAAUGAACCACAGGAUGAAGAAAAAACACAGGCAGAUAACAUCUUGCCCACGUUGCCUGGUACCAAAAGAAGAAGAAAAUCCAGCAAAAAUCUGCUGUGUGUCACGUGUCUGGACAACGGCAAUUCCAAUGUUGUCGACGUAAGCCUCUAACCCGGAUGUAUGUAUCCAUAAUAUGAACCUGAACACAGCGAUCCUGAUUGCUAUUAGACCAAAGUAGAAUUCAUUUUGUUUUUCAAUUUAGGUAAUCCAGUUAUUUACUGCAGCAUUUAUGUAUAAUUAACCAAAAAUAAAACCUAACAGCGCAUAAUCAAGUUUAGAAGUAGAAUCCUAAUUAUGUUAGCAAGACACAGCCUUGGUAAACCGAAUUUGACAUCAUCCAAGAUAGCUGGCGAAUAUCAUUUAUCAUCAGUAUUUUUGUAUGCUUUGCUAGCCAUGAUUUCCAUAAACGUUCUAUUUCAAAAUGGAUAUCGAAACUAAAAUCGUAAUACGCUUGAUAAAAAAAUACUAACGACUUGUCUACCAUCGAGGCCCAGGAAAUGUAAAAUAAAAAAAAAAUAAAAACAGUUUGCUCUACAAGUGGAGAGGAGGAAGAUGAUAACAACAGCAGCAAGAAAGAUUUUCUCACAGUUUAUCCGCAUUCAAUAUAAACUGACUGUGUAUAAGGAAUUUUUUUCUGAUUUUAUGUCCUCUUGCUUUCUGCAGUAUUUUUUCUGUAUUUUCUUUCAGUUUAAAUCUCUUCAGGCUGCCUCGUGAAAAUGUUAGUUUAAUUUU